UUGAAAUGCGAUACUUUGAGCGUUGCGUUUCUCAGUUGCAGGAAGUUUAGCAGGUUGUUUGACCAUGUCGCAUUUGCAUAAUUAUUUGUGUGGUAUCGUCAGCUUCUUAACUCGUAGGAAUCCGUGUGUACUAGUGUUAGUGGCGAUAAAAAAUUGAACACCAACGAAUUUCUAAAGGGACAGAAAAGUUAUUACUUUUAUAGGAGAAUAUAGGAGUAUGUUCAAAUCGAAGAUUUACAGUAUACGUGGUAUUGUGACCUCCUCUCGCACUACUUCCAGGUUCCGCUCAUGGUUUUAGUUACUUCGGAAGCAUCAAUCACGAUUUCCAUUUCUAAUGAGUUAUUCGACAAUGUCUUCAUUAAGCUAUUGUCAGUUUGUUAAACAAAUUAUUAUUCCUUAUACCCUGCUCCCAUUCUACUCGAACUAAAAUGAGGGCAAGCAGCAGGUGUAAUUAAAAAGAAAAUGGGUGGUAGUAUGACAAAAAUAUUACCUGGUUUGUAUGUUGGAGGUUUCGAUAAUGCCAAAAAUGAAGAAGAAUUAAUGGCAAAUUGCAUAUCUCAUAUUAUUAUUGUUCAAAAUUCGAAAAACGACAUUGAAAGAUCAAUAAGUCGUCAAUAUUUACAUCUUAUUGUCAAUGAAAAAUUAGAGAAUAGUUUGCUAAAUCAAAUUCAAUUGUCCAAUGAUUUUAUUCAUCGGGCCCGAUUGGAUAGUGGAAAUGUAUUAGUGUGCAGUGAUUCAGGUCUAUCAGCUAAUGUAGCUGUUGUUACAGCUUAUUUAAUGACUGUUUAUUCAUUAGAUUAUUAUUCAGCUAUUGGAGCUUUAAGAAGUUUACGAUAUGGUGCACAUCCAGUUGAACCUUUACAAAAACAAUUAAUAGAAUUUGAUAGUGAAACUAAUGAAAAAUUAGUUAAUAAACAAAAUCAUACAAAUAACACUCAUCGAGAACAACAACAACAACAACAGACUGAAUUAUUAGAUUCUUCUAAACAUCCAUCGAAUUCCAUAAUGUAUUUAACUAUCACAUCAGCAUCAGAACGUGAACGAUUGAAUUCAAUUUACGGUGAAUGGCCAUAUCUUGAAGAAGAUUUACAAAUUCUUCAUACUGCUUUAAAUUCUCACUUGAAUUCAACUGAAGAGUCAGAAUUUCUAUUUAAUAAUGAAUAUGAUAAAACUAUACAAAAUGACAAAGAAUAUGAUGUUGAUAUUGAUAAUAAUGAAAAUAAUCCAAGUAAUACUCGUACUACUGUAGUAGUAGCUACUGUUAAAGAUAAUCAUAUUAAUCCUAGUAUACAUGGUAUCAGUGAAACUUCUUCAAUUCUCAAUGUUAUUGAACACACUAAGGACCAUGGUAGCCUAACUGAUUCAGAGUCAAUACAAUCUAAUUCAAAAUAUUUGGAUAAACGACAAGAUAAUACAAUAUUGAGUAAUAAUGAUAACAAUAAUAAUAAUAAUACUGAUGACGAUGAAGAUGGUUGUGGUAGUGUUGGUGUUUGUGGAAAUGAUCUAGAUAGUAUACCGUUUGUAACUGUUCCGAUAAAUGGUGUCCUUAUAUCAGAUAAUGUAAUUGAAAAGAGUUCUUCCAAACCAUCUUCAAAUGAAUCUGACGUAUUCAUCGUUGAUUCAACACAGUUACCUGAAAGUUGGGAUCGUCUUUCCAAUGCUAAUUCAUCAAUUCAAAGUGAAAAUUCACUUGAAAUUGGUUUUGAAUUGAAAGAUGAUCUUGACGACAAUAUACCUGGGGCUAUUGAAAUUCCAGCAGUUGAUUCUAUGCAUAUACGUAGUUAUGGUACUGCUCAUACAUACAAUAAUCAAUAUGGUCGAUCGAAUCCAUGUCAUAGUAUAUAUAAAACUGCUCAUAGUUUAUAUCCUACUACUACUAUUAAUAUAAAUAAUAAAUUUACAUAUCAACAAAUAUGUCCAAAUACCACUUUAUGGAAUCCUUACAAUUAUGAUAGAAGUGAAUUAAUGCAUACUACUCAAUUAAAAAAUUACAAUAAUCUGUCAACUACUGCUCCAAAUUGUGACAUCUAUUUUAGAACUUGAUCUUAUUUAGUGAUUUGUUAUUGUCUUUGUUUACAAUUGCCUUCAAUUUCAUUUAUUAUUAUUAUUAUUAUUAUUAUUAUUAUUAUUAUUAUUAUUAUUAUUAUUAUU